CUGUAGGGUAAAGAGAUGAAGUCUUUUUGAAGACUCCUGUUGAGAAGGAAGGGGGUCUUUUUUUCUUUCUCUCUCUGAAGCGCCGUCAGCUUUCAAACUCUAUCUUGGUGAAUGCCUCCCUGCAGCUGACUGUGGGACAUGACAGAAACUGGGCAUGGCCCAGAACCUACAGGUUAAAACUUCCUUCCUUUAUGUUCGCCUACAGUCUCCGUUCGUUAAGGCGGCGGGUCACACCGACCGAAAACAGGCGGAGGGCAGCGGCGGCGAGACGGGCGCGAUUCUCGCCGGGAAUGGGCCGCUUUCUGCGCCUGGCAUCGGGGAGGGGUGCCAAGGCAACCGCCAGCAACAGUUCUGCGCUGGCCUGUGUCACAAUAAGGGGCCCCAUGCAAUGCCAGGGACUCGCCUCUGCAGUAGGGACAGUCCCCAGGGCAGGGGUGAGCCGGCCAUUCGGCCGGGCUGCCCGCAUGAUCUCGGGAUGUCCCGCACCGGGACGCCUCACUGUGCCCCCUACACUGCUCCCUGGAGCCCGUUCGGCCCUCCCGACACCAGGUCCGGAAAAGACGGGGUCCGGUGGAAGGUGGAGUUCAACAAACUCAUUCUGGUGGAGACACCCCUCUUCUGUACACCUCUCUGCUCCGGGGAUCGUAGGUGCAUUUCCAGUCCACAAGCAGCUGGCACACUGCUAUCCCCGUGUGUCCACGGGGCAUCUACCUCUUCAACACCAAGUCCAAAUCCACUGCAGAAGACUGAGACCUUUGUUUGGAUCAAUCAGGCGUCUCCACAUGCACAGAGUGUUGCGAAGGCUAAAUAUCAAUUCUUAUUUGGCACACCUGCAGAAGACAACUCUUUGGACAGGGGUUGCUUCCAGUCCCCGGGAGAAAACCGACGCGUGGACAAGCCGCCGGCCUUAAACCAGACGCCUGAGGUGGUCGAGACAAGGACCUGGGAGAGCAGGUACCCGAGAGUGGUGGUGACAGCUGCGGACUCCAGCCCGGCGGACACACCGCCCAGCUCCCAGCGGCGACGGGAGGUGAGCGGAGCUGACUCUGAGCCAGAAUGCUGGCAGGGCAAGUCCGGCUGCGUGAAGUUCAUGGUGUCAGACGCCGAAGGUGCCCUCACGGUGUCUGACAUGGACGACAGCGCUUCGGUAGACUCGAGGGGGGACUUGUCUGAGGAGCCGGCCGGCCGGGGCGGGUCGGCGAAGCUGGUGGUGAGCAGCGCCCAGGUGAUGACAGCGCCGGUGUUCGCGGUGGUCCGGGGCCGGCACACCGCCCUGCUGCAGUGGGAACGGGAGGAGGACGGAGCGCCGACUCCGCCGGCGGACACCCAGCCCGCGAGAGAUGCCGUGGCCCGGAGAGAACUUGCCGCCGGGGACAAGGAGACGCUGCAGAGCCCUUCCUCCGACCUCAAAGACCCUGCGCCGGUGGAGGCGAGCCCCCGGGAGACCCCUCGGCACGUCUUGGACGAGGGAGCCACCGGGGCACGGGCAGGAACGGAAAAAGACCAGGCGCCGGCCAAAGGCGAGGAUUUCCUGACGACCGAGUGGCCCGUGCCGCAUGCACCGCUCCCCAGUGAAGAUGAGGAGGACGGCGCGGCUUCUGCUAUGACCAGCGAGAGAAAGACCUCGUUGAACGCUGCUCAGUCCGAGAUCAGGAGCGACGAGGACGACGAUGUCUUUGUGAGCGCCAGAGAGAGCGAAGCGAGUGUGAUGAGCAGAACUUCCCUGGGAACCAAAUCAGCAAAUUUACUGAUGUUGACGGUCACAAACAAGCCAGAGUUUGAUUGUACCUGGACUUCGCCCAGUGAGGUAACUGAUAUUUUCAGCUCACAGUUUGAACACAUUAUGGAGUGCCAGCAUCUGAAAGGUACCUCGUACAACAGCCUGGACUCACUGGAAAUGAUUUCCUCCACGGACGAGAGUGAAUGUGGCUUCAGCUUUGAAAUGCCGCUCACCCCGAUGAUUCAGCAGCGAAUCAAGGAAAGCAACCAGUUCCUGGAGCAUGGGGCGACAGAAGCCGGCUUUGGUAAUAGGGCAUUGCAGCAUCGAAUAGACAUCAGUGACAUAUCACGAGGCAGGCUGGAGGAAAGCAUCGACACAUCAGACAAUUUAUUCCAUAAACCUUCUCCGUAUGCUGUUGUCAAUGGAGCACCUCAGCUCUCUGAACUCUAUCAGGAGGGGCAGAACGAACCCUCUACUUCAAGCUGGGGUCUCACUGCCUUUGGUGAAGAAGCACCACUUGUGUUUCCUACUGCUGCCCGUGCCUAUAACCCUCUCUCUCGCUCUCUCUCUCGCUCUCUACUUCACAGUAAUGAAUUCAGCAAGUUAGUGGCUGAAGAAUACCUCAGAUUUUUUGACUUCACUGGUUUGACCUUGGACCAAUCACUAAGAUUUUUCUUGAAAGCAUUUGCACUAAUGGGGGAGACUCAGGAGCGAGAGCGGGUAUUAAUCCACUUCUCCGAACGAUACUACCAGUGUAACAUGGGCACUAUUCCUUCUCAAGAUGGGGUCCAUUGCCUUACUUGCGCACUGAUGUUGUUGAAUACAGAUCUUCAUGGCCACAAUAUUGGAAAGAAGAUGACCUGUCAAGACUUCAUUAACAAUCUGGAUGGUUUAAAUGGAGGGAAGGACUUUCCAAAAGACCUGCUGAAGGCGUUGUACAAUUCAAUCAAAAAUGAGAAGCUGGAAUGGGCGAUAAAUGAAGAAGAGUUGAGAAAAUCGCUCUCCGAGCUUGCUAAUGACAAGACAGACAAUGCUGGAUCCAAGUCCAACAAUCGUAUUGGAUCUGGUACGAAUCCAUUUCUCGACAUUCCGCAGGAUCCCAAUGCUAAAACGUACAAAACUGGCUUCCUCUCACGAAAAAUUCACGCAGACAUGGAUGGAAAGAAAACUCCCAGGGGCAAAAGAGGUUGGAAGACAUUUUAUGCUGUGCUGAAAGGCAUGAUCCUUUACUUGCAAAAGGAAGAUCAGCUGAAGUCGCACGAGGCCAAGCUAAAACAGAUUUCCACUGAGCUCACUGAGCACCGUUCCUACCCGCCUGACAAGAAAGUCAAAGCAAAGGAAAUUGAUGAAUACAGACUGAAGGAGCACUACCUGGAGUUUGAGAAAACCCGAUAUGAGACAUAUGUUAAACUCCUGAAGGAAGGAGGGCCGGAUAUGCUCGUGGAAAACGACGGAAACGGGAUGAAAAAGUCGCACUCCAGCCCAUCGCUGAACCAAGAGAUGUAUCCUGUAAAUGCAAAAAUCAAACGUAACGUCUCUGAGAGAAAAGACUACAGGCCUGACACAGCCAACAACAAGCAGAAGACUUAACUUCUUAGCAGGAAAUCAUCUCCCAGUCCACGGCCACCAAAACAUAAUCAAGUGACGCAAUCUGUGACUUGUAUAUUUUUGUGUAAAAUAUUAUUUAGAUGUCAACUUUUGGUAACAGAAAUUGUGAGAACAUGACUGAUAUGGUAAUCCUUCAUUUGCAGACACUCCUGUAGCUUUUUAUAUUUUUAUUUGGUUGUUGGCGCAACUGUUUGUAGAUUGACUUUUUUUAUAUUGCCUUAAAGAGACAGCCUCCUAUUGUUGGCCUGCUAUUUAGAAAGCCAUUGAAGGUCACUCAGUUGGAGGUUUACACAAGAGGCCCUAUCAGAGUGCCAAAUGGAUAUAUGUCAUUUCACAAACUGAGAAUUGUCAUUGGCUGAAUUUCUGAGUACAAAAUCAGAGCAAGGUAGCCGCUGACUUUGCUGUCCUUUUAUUUUUCCUCAUUAUUAAUUCUUUAAAUUAUUUAAAGCCAAACACACUCAAGGAAAAUUGGAGCCUUGUGAAAUGAAUGUUUCUGUGGACUUUUUUUUUCUUAAAGAAACAAUGCUUUAUACAGAGUUGCUUACUGGAGACCAACAAAAUGAAUAUUCUUCAAAGAGCUAUUGGUUACUUUUCUGUUUAUUGCUUAUGAGCAAAUAGUUCUUCUAACAUUCUCACUGUCUUAUCCCCUCCUCCCUUAGUCAUCCUUCCCACUACAGUACUUCCUUUGAGGACUGUGACAUCUCUGACUCCCUUUCUCUCCCUCUGUCACUCCCCAGUACAUGCGUUGCAUUUGCAAUAGUGAUAGUUUAACAUUUCAGAGCACAUGCCACUCACCCACUCUCCUUGCACAUCCCCACCCAA